UUUAUUACGUCAUUAGUGGAAAACAACAACGUGGUUUACAAAUUAAUGAACAAAAACAAAACAAAUAAUGAAAAUUUGUGAUAAAAUUUAACUAUAGAUAUUAUUAAUUGUUGAAAAAAUGUAAAAUAAAGUCAAGUGUUAUUGAUAUUUAUUAUAAAAAGUAGUAAAAAAUGUUGUCAAAAAUAUUUGUUUAUGAAAAAUAAGUUUUUAUUAUUAUAAUUUAUUUUUAAUGAAUUAUGGAAUUGUUUUGUUUAAUAAAAUAUUCUUCUUUUUUAAUAUAUAAUUUAAGUGUAUACUUAUUUGUUUACUAUUUAAAUAUUUAUAAUUCGUGGGAAAUUUAUAAAGAUUGGUGGUUUAAUGAAAUUAAAAAUAAUGAAAUCUAUGAUUAUAUUGUUGUUGGAGCAGGCAGUGCAGGUUCUGUACUUGCUUCAAGAUUAUCAGAAAAUGGAGAUAAAAUUUUAUUAAUUGAAGCAGGAGGAAUGCCACCAUCUCUUAUAAAUAUCCCAAUUAUUUCACCUGCACUUCAAGAAAGUAUUUACGAUUGGCGUUAUAUUACAACGUCCCAAACUAAUGCCUGUAAGGGUUUAAUUAAUAAUCAAAGCAUUUGGCCAAGGGGAAAAGUUUUUGGUGGAACAAGUCGAUUAAAUUAUAUGAUUUACGCUAGAGGACAUCCUGACGAUUUUAAAGAAUGGUUUCCAGAUUUUCAAGAAUUUUCUUUAGAAGAAAAUGAAUAUGUCAGUAUAAAUGAUUUAAAUUGGUCCACAAAACUUACAGAGAGUAUUUUAAAAGGUGUUAAUGAAAUGGGUUAUACCGUUCAAGAUAUAAAUAAAGAGAGGAAUACGGGUUUUAUGAAAACAAAAGUGUUUAUGAAAAAUGGUGAACGUUGGAGUUCAGAUAGAGUUCUUAAACAAAAUAAAAAUAAUUUGUUUAUAAUUAAUUAUGCCAAUGUUGACAAAGUUCUCUUUCAAUUAAAGAAAGCAAUAGGAGUUGAAUUUUCAAAAUUAGGUAAAACAUAUAAAGCAUUAGCGACUAAGGGAAUUAUUUUAAGUGCUGGAGCAAUUGGUACGCCAAAAAUUUUAAUGCUUUCUGGAGUUGGACCAAAGAAUCAUUUAGAUGAAUUGAAGAUUGAUGUCGUAUCUGACCUACCAGUGGGUCAAAAUUUAAUGGAUCAUUUAAUAACUGGUUUGGAUUUAGUGAUACUUAAUUCUAGUCAACCUGUCAGUAUUAUUGAUCUUCUAAAUCCUUUGUCAGCGUAUCAAUAUUACUUUCAUAAAAAAGGAUUAUGGAGUUUUAACGGGAUUGAUGUAAUUGGCACAUUUCACAGUUCUUUACAAAAUAAUAUAUCUGCGCCACCAGAUUUGGAAUUAAUGGUAAUGCCUAUAGGAAUUUCGCAAGAUAAUGGAAUUAAUUGGAGGAAAGCAAUGGGUAUUUCAGAUAAGGUAUUUCAAGAAUAUUUUGCACGCCUUACUUAUCAAAAUGUAGUUACUUUAGCGCCAGUUUUAUUACAUCCAAAAAGCUUAGGAGAAAUUAAACUUCAAAGUAAAAAUCCUCGUGACUCCCCAAUUAUUAAUCCUAAUUAUUUAUCGAAUAAUGAAGAUGUUAAAACUUUAAUAGAAGGUAUUCAAUUUGUUAAAAAGUUAUUAACUACAGAAACUAUGAAACAAUUGGGAGCAACACUUUAUCGAAAACCUUUUCCUGGUUGUGAAGAAAAAAUUUUCGAUAGUAAAGAUUAUUGGGAAUGUUAUAUUCGCCAUUUGACGUUAACUUCCUAUCAUCCCGCAGGAACUUCUAGCAUGGGAUCAGUAGUAGAUAAAUCAUUUAGGGUGUACAAUACAACGAAUUUGUAUGUUGUCGACGCUUCUGUAUUUCCAAUUCUACCUAGUGGAAAUAUUAACGCAGCUGUUAUAAUGCUUGCCGAAAAAGCUGCUCAAUUAUUUCAACAAAGGCAAAAGAAUCAAUUGUUUGGUAAAUGUCACGUCAGAAAUAUAUUUUUUCUACGAUCGUCAAAUGUUUUCUAACCAAAAUUAAUUUUCUUGUUAUUAAUAUUUUUUGUUAAUAUUCUAUUGAAUAUUAAAAAUGUUAGUAUUUAUCAAACAAA